CUUCAUAGUUCAUUUUUUGUUAUAUGAAUGAUCGCCUAUUACAUACAUGUUUAUUCUUCGUUUAUAAUAUUUCUUUCACUCUAAAGUUCUAAAAAGUUCGAGUUAGUUUUAACAAACCGGAGUAGUCCAGUAACUGAAAUAAAUAAUAAUUAUUGAGUUAUUUUGUUCAUAACAUUAACGUUUGAUCUUUACUUAGCUAGUGUUAUGAGUAAAUGCAAUAAUCAUAAUAAUGUAUCUAGCUAGAGUAAUAAGUGUCUUGAUAAGAAAUAAUUCAACAGCACAAAAUAGUCAGACUAUUACCCCAAAAUUCGAGCAUGUAUUCGCCUUUCCUUACAUUAGAAAUUUAGCACUCAUCAACAGACUUAAAAUAUACCACUUCGUAGGAUCAUGUGUAAUAAUACCUACUUGUGGGGUAAUGGAAACUUUAAAUGCAGUAGCAGAGUCAAGCUUUGUUACUUCUGUUCUCAUAGGUGUUACUGGUGGUGCUGUAUUAUCAUUAGCAUCAUUGCCAUUUAAAAAUGUAAUCGGACAUAUAUUUAUUAGUGAAGAUAACAAAUCAAUAAAAAUAUCAUCAUUGGAUUUCUAUGGACGUAAAAUAGAUAGAAUAAUUAGAUCAGAAGAAUGGAUACCCAUAUUAGACCUUAAACCAAAAAACACAGAUGUUUUGUUUUUAACACCAAAACUCACUGAUGGUACAGUGUAUAAAUUACCAGUUCGAUUCGGUAUAGUUAAAAAUCAAAAGAAAAUGUCAGAAGUUUUAGAAUAAGAUUAAUAUGUGAACUAAUAUUUAUACUGUAGCCAGAAGAUGUAGUAAUAAAUUUUAUUGUUAUUGCCUUUUUAUUAUAUAAAA